AUGGGGACCUGCUCAGGCCUUAAAUGUGCACAAAUACACCCAAACUCACUAGUGGAAGAGCUCGCGACCGCAAAUAAGUACAUAGGAAUUACGUACUGUACGGAGUCAUGCGGAGGUAUUGGGUGCUCGUGCGGGUUCCCCUCAUCCGGUUGCUUAUUUUAUAGAGUGUACCACGUACCAGUCAAUGAUGCGGUGUACGAAGUGUUUCACUGCCCCACAUGGAAUGAAAAAGCAAGCAUAACAUUCGAACAAAUGAACUGGGGUGCCAGAUCCUUUAUCCAAACCGUCGAACUCAAGCAAAACGUACAAAAACGGUUAGGACGAACAAACGUACAGCUUGCGAUGCUUGAAUCUGCACAUAUGCCUGUUUUGUCGGACCGCUUUAUACGAGGCCCGGGCUACCUCGCCAAGCUACAGCAUCACGAUAGCUUCAGCUAUGCAUGCUGGGAGGAUACGGGCAACCCCACCAACAACUUGAACACAACGCGAUGUUCUAUACGUGACACGUGUUCCUGCAAACCGGCAGAAGACAGCAUAAAUUGCUACUGCACGCACAACAACGUUUCGAAACUAGCUAUAAACCAAAUUCUGCCCAUCAAAUUCCCAAAUGCACACAUCCAGGGAGAGGGGCAAGAUGCUAUAGUAACACUACGAACAGUAGAGGCGUCGGCCGAACUCCUCAUAAAUUUAGACUUGAACAUAACAAACAUACUCACGACUGUUGACGAUUUCAAAUGUGACAUACCUAGUGCGUCCAUUCAAGGAUGUUACAACUGCAUAAGAGGAGCUAUAACAUAUAUAACAUGCACCUCUGACAUACCAAAAGUUUUAAGCGAAAUCACAUGCGAGUCACAAUCAUUCGUAGCAAUCUGCUCCCCCCGAGGCCAUACGAACGAAAUUCGUUUUUACUCCAAUAGAGCGAUGUCCGACCGCAAAGACAUCGUCGAACAAGACAGCGAAAUGUGCGUUGACCACACAGAAGACGUCGAAGACGAAUUAAAAAUUGCCGAAGAAGAGAAGCAAGGUUCAUCUCAAAUGGAUCCACCCUCGUCACGGCCACCAACUACGGCAUUUGUGCAAGGAGUGACUGCGCAACAAAUGCCCUCAGCAGCUCCGGUUUUGUUUGUGCCUCCGCAGAUGUGCGCCCCUCCGCAAGUCGUUUGUCCGGGGAUGCAAAUAAUGCAAACGGCAAUGGCGACGAUCCGGCAGGAGAUCAACGAACUACGCAAGGAAAUCAAACUUCAUCGGCAAGAACGCAAGCGCAAACGUGCUGAAAAAGAAACUCACAUCUCGCGCAAAAAAAUGAAGGGCUCCGUAGACUAUUUGGUCGACCACUUCGAAGACUGCAUACUCACGGCAAAUGCUAAGCCAGAACGAUCUCACGUCGCGGCUCAAGUCACCUUCAAAGAAGAACCAUCCACGUCCGCCAGCUACACCGCACCUAUGCAACUCCAGCCCGUUGGUGCACCGCAGAUCCCGUCCACGGCGUUAGCACCUCCGCCAGCGACCAUCUCCAUACCGCAAGUUCAAGUUCCUAUUGUUUCGAACGUGUCGAACAUUUCCAAUAAUUCGAACAUUCCCGCCGAGCAAUUGUCUUUUUUGUAA